AUGAACAUCCUCAACAAGCUCGGGUUCGGCGUCCGGUCCCCCGACCCGUCCGCCAUGGAACUGACAGUUCCCCAGAGCCCCGACGACGAUUCCCCCGCCCCCGGCCAGUAG